CAUAGGCCCCAUCGAUUCAACACAACUGCACACAUAAGCACUUACUAAUAAUAAAGCUCUGUUUGAAUGUCAUUUUCAUGGAGUCCUACCGCUAACACACAUGGAGGUCCAAGAGGAAAAACCAAUCAUCUAUACUAUGGAAAACAAGCCGAUUGUGACAUGUGCUGGAGACCAGGGCUUGUUUACAUCUCUCUAUACAUCAUUGGCCCAACAACUUCCCAGGGAGCCAAUGGAAUGGAGGAGGACGUAUGGCCGUGCCCCAAAAAUGAUCCACCUUGAAGCUAAUUUUGUCCAGUUUAAAGAGGAGCUCCUCCCCAAGGAGGGCAACAAGGCUCUCCUCACCUUCCCUUUCCUCCAUAUCUACUGGACUGACUGCUGUGAUACAGAGGUGUAUAAGAGCACAGUAAAGGAGGACAUGAUGCGCUGGCAGAACAGCCUGCGGUCCCACAGCUCACCAGACUGGGUCAUCAUUGUUGUGGAGACCAAUGAUACGAAGAAAAAGAACAAGACCAACAUCCUGCCUCGGUCAUCCAUUGUGGACAAGAUCCGGAGUGAUUUUUGCAACAAACAGAACGACAGGUGUGUGGUGCUGUCCGAUCCUCUCAAGGACUCAUCUCGGUCUCAGGAAUCCUGGAAUUCUUUAUUACUCAAACUGCGAACUCUCCUCCUCAUGUCCUUCACCAAGAACCUCGGCCGCUUUGAAGAUGACAUGCGAACUCUCCGAGAGAAGCGCACCCAGCCUGGCUGGAGCUUCUGUGAAUACUUCAUGGUCCAGGAAGAGCUGGCCUUUGUUUUCGAGAUGUUGCAGCAGUUUGAAGAUGCUUUGGUCCAGUAUGAUGAACUUGAUGCUCUUUUUACCCAAUAUGUUCUCAACUUUGGAGCAGGAGAUACAGCUAACUGGCUCGGCUCAUUCUGUGCUCCGGUGCGUAACUGGAGUGGCUUGCUACUUCGGCGGCCCAUCGACAUGGAGAAGAGGGAUGGGAUCCAGCGAGGGGAGGCCAGCUUGUUGGAUUUAAGGAGCUACCUCUUUUCCCGCCAAUGCACCUUACUCAUCUUUCUCCAGAGGCCCUGGGAGGUCACACAGAGAGCACUGGACCUGCUGCACAACUGUGUCCAGGAGCUACGCCUGCUUGAAGUGUCUGUGCUGGAGGGGGCACUGGACUGCUGGGUGUUCCUCAGCUGCUUGGAGGUUUUGCACAGGAUUGAGGGCUGUUGUGAUCAGGCCCAGUUAGCUUCAAACUGCUCCCAUACUGUUGGACUCUGGGCAUACGCAACUGACAAGCUGAAGUCCCUUGGGGAACUCUGUGGCCUGGUGUCAGAGAAGGGACCCACAUCUGAGGACCUGAACAGGACAGUAGAUCUACUGGCUGGACUGGGAGAUGAGAGACCUGAGACUGUCAGCAGUUUGCAGAGCCCUUACAAAAAGCUGAAAGAAGCUUUGUCGUCUGUUGAAGCUUUUGAAAGACACUAUCUUGAACUGUCUCAUGCUGCUAUGGAGAUGUACACGGCCAUUGGGCGGCUAAGGUCUGCCAGACUGGUGGGGAAAAGCCUGGCUGAGUUUUACAUGAGAAAGGGGGACCCUGAGCGAGCAGAAACCCUCUUACAGGAAGCGCUGAAGUCAUAUGUAUCGGAGGGCUGGAGCCUCCCUGUCACUCACACCAGGAAACAGAUUGCUGAGUGUCAGAAACUGCUGGGAAGAACUGAAGAUUACCUGCAGACCAGUGCCUUGUUGGCAGGUGAUGUGAAUCUGACCACCGAGGAGAGGAAGCACUUUUGUCAGGAACUUCUGACCUUUGCUGCCAAGUCUGGAGGUCAGUCCCCAAAAGUGACUCUCAGUAUGGGUGUUUUUGCUCAACUCACACGACUACAGUUCCAUCCAGCGACAGCCUCUGUACACUCUGGUGCCGUCUUGCAGGUGGAGCUCACCCUCCGAUGUUUGAUGCCCGUGUCAGUGCACAUACAACAAGUAGCUGCUAGCAUUCACUUUGACGUGGAUCACGGGGGGACUCAUGGGAGGUCCAAAUCAACUCAGAGGCAAAGAAACCCAGCGACAGUAGAGUUUAACCAGGCUAACUUGUCAGCGGGUCCCCCUUCCUCUUCAGCUGCGGGUCCCUCUUUAGAAAUGGAUGAAAUCCAGGACAGGAGUCCUUCAGACAAUUCUCUCAACUCUACAGGAGUGGUGUGUAAAAACACUCACCUGCUCAUGCGUCGUCAUGACAGUAGCUCGCCACCAGACAUGCCCAACUGUUUCAGUCCGCCUGCUGUUACCAUGAAGGAAGGAGCUCAGAUGCUGAAAGUGCAGGAUGUAACAUUAGAACCCGGGAAUAACAGCAUUACCUUCACAGCACCAAGUGGACAACCAGGUACAUAUACAUUGCGUCAGCUGUGUGCCAUUGUGGGUCAAGUGCAGCUUGUGCUGCCUCAUAUCUACCCAUCAGUCCAAUAUGAAGUUUAUUCUCAGGAGCCCCAGCUCACUGUGGAGCCUCUCUCAGAGCCGCUGUUAGCCGGUCUGCCUCAGAUGGUGAAGUUCACCCUGUUGACGGGUCAUUACGCUGUGAAGAAAGGAGACGCUCUGCAGCUCAGCAACACAGACACCAUGCCUAUCCUACCGUCCACCAGCUGCACCGCACGCAUCACUGACCCAACCGCUGAAUCGGUGAGUGAAAGCGUCCUCUUCAUUCAGUCGUCUGAGAAGGUGACCAGCAUCAGUCUGCCCCCGACCCCUCCCUACCACACUCUGGAAUUCCAGCUGGAGGUUUUGUGCAUCAUCCCAUCUGGGACAGACGGACCUGCCAAUGAGAGGCUGACCAAUGGGGAGAUCCGCCAUCGCCCACGCAGCUACAGUCAUCCUGACACGCCCAUGACCGCUAUUGACCAGAGGAUGUCUAUCGACUGCCCCUGGUCAAUCUACUCCACACUGUUAGCCCUCACCUUUUACAUCCCCUUCAAGACCAAACACUCACUGCUCUCUGCUGGUAACAGGAAGUACAUCCAGGUGUGCGUGCACAAUGUGUCGGAUGUGAACUUUACGCUGGCAGAAAUGAGGCUGUCAGAAAAGCAGCAUGCGUCACUGGAGCUGCAGUCCCUUAACGCUAAAACCCAACAGCUCUUGUGCAAUAAGCACAGUGUGUUCUGCUUGUGGGAGGUGAGGUGGAAGGAUGACCUGCCUUCCUGUCUCCAGUGUGUUUUCUCUGCCAACUUCUCUCCACUCAAGCAAGAUGUCUCCUCCUUCAAACCCUUUCACUACCAGUUUCAGUUUGAGAGAGUCACUACAUUGUACAGUGUGAGAGCUGAGAUCCUGCCCCCUGCUGGUGAGCAACACUGUCGCUCUGGUUUCCUCUGUGGACUGGAGGUUUGUAUAACACGACUGACUGAACCUGCAGAGGGAGAGCUGGCAGAGGAAAGCAAGACUGACACUGAUGGUCCUAAAACCACCAAACUCAUGUAUGAAGUGGCUGACAGCAGCAGUAACUGGGCUGUGUGUGGGAAGAGUUCAGGGAUGGUGUCGAUGCCUAUUACGGCCAACGCCACACACAAGGUGCAGAUUGAGGUGAUGCCGCUGUUCGCAGGUCACCUUCCUUUCCCCAAAAUCAAAGUGCUGAAGUACCUGCCUCACACUGCAGCCGUGGCCAUUCAACCAGACCCUGACAGCUGCGUGGAAAAUGACAGUCUUUCCCUCCUGGACAAGACGCUGGACGACCAGGCAGACACUGCGAGUAUUCGCAGUAGAGGCAGCGUCCACUCUGUGGGCAGUGGUGACCAGCAGCAGAAAGGCGUGGCAAUGCCACGUCUGGAGCCCUUCAACCCUGGACAAGUGUUCAACCACAGCCACGCACGACAGGUGCUGGUGCUGCCCUCCACUGACGACCACAUCAUGGAGGUCAACGCUACAUGACCCCAGUGACAAGAGCUCCCACCCCCUUCUUAAUAGGACUAAACCGAGGCCCUGGAUGGACUCUGCUGAGCUUUUGCUCUGUGGCAGAACGGGUCCAUGAGUCCAUGUCAAAAAAAACUCUGCGGUUUGCCAGUGUGGACUCCCCCUCCCCAAGCAUGAAACAUUCACAUCACUGGAGACAUUACAGACAAGAGGCAGCGACCAGCCAGUGACAUCUGCUGAUAGAUUUAAUAAAGAUUUUUUUCUUUGCCAUAUUUUGUACAUAGGUCAUUGAAUGGAUUUAUAGUUAUAAAGAUGAAUAUAUAUAUAUAUAUAUGAACUGAUCAAUCAGAUUGGCACUUGCUCUGUGCUCCUCCAAGCUGAAGAAUAACACUCCUGAUUGUCCCAUGAUGCACCAAAGCCCUAGAUGUGUGUACGCCUGGAUGAGCUGUAACUCAAGUGCUGUAACUGACCGAGUGUUUUCCAGCUGCAAGUGCUGUUCAUGUGCCUCUCAUGUGGUCAGUCGUUUUAUAUUUGAAACCAUGAGAAGUUGAUUUACAAACCAGAUUAUCAAAUCAGUUUUGGUAGAAAGAUCCAGCAGUCCUCACAGAUGGUGCCGUGCAGCCGAUACAGGAAACAUUCCCACUUACGCGUGAUGAAGUAGAAUAUUAAGGCUGAGGUCAGACUACAUAAUAUCAGCCUGGUAAUGUAUUCCAUUGACUCGGUUAUAAGAGCUCAUAGCUAGUCUGUGGCAACCAUGUAAUCACCAGUACUGAAGUUGUAUAAGAGAGUGAGCAGAAACUGUGUAAUCUGACCCCAGUCACUAGACAAGCAGCUGCCAAUAUUGUGAGUCACCUGAACAGACGGGUGAUAAUUUGACUUUUCUUGAAACCAGAGAAAACAUUUUGGUCUGUGGACUUUUACAUACUCGUUGAUUUUGACAGUUGUAGACGUUGUCAUGCUAAGUCGCGUUGCCUCUGACAAUGGUGUAAAAAAAAAAACAGUCCCCAAAACUCAAAAUGCAAGUUGUGCUGUAUUUGAAAAUAUAUAAGAAAUCAAAUACUAGAUCCACAAUACAUUGAACUUGCUUUGUGAGAGUUACUUGAUAAUUUUUAGAAGAUAUUUUUUUUUUCUUUUAAAGAGGGACAGAAAUCAACUAAUUCCCUUUUAAAUAUUAAACAAGUAUUUAGAAUUUCAAAAGCAACCUGUUUGGGAUUUGGCAUCCUCCCCCUAAAUAUAAUGUAAAAUGAAUGAAAAGAUAAGAGUUUUAUUGCUGCAGGAAGAAUGUUCGUCACAAAUAUAGAACAGUAAGAUUAAGU